AGAGACGGAGGAGGGAGGAGGGGAGAGACACUGAGAAAUCCCUGGAGACACCGAGAGACACCGAGAGACAGAGAGAGAGAGAGACAGUCAGGACCAGACAGACGUCCGUUAGCAGUUUAGUCGCCGGUUACUCGGCUGAAAACACGGAACCUGAUUUCUAACGGACGGACCCGGACGUUUAAACUAGUUUAGCACCGUUCAAACUACAUGUAACGGCUGUACCGACACUUACACAGCUCACAUAGAGAGAGGGAUAGAGAGAGAGAGGGAUAGAGAGAUAGAUUUGGGAGGAAGAGGAGGAGAAACCGGAGAGAGGAGGAGGAGAGAACCGAACCAGGAGGAGGACUGUCGGACCGGAGAGGACGGAGAGGAGAGGAGAGGAGGCUGGAGAGAGAAAAGGGAGGAUAUUUUGGGGGAGUUUGGUGUGGUGGUUUCAUAUCGAUAUCUUCCUCGGACCCUCGCUGUCUCUCUGGUCUCCGGUGUUCCCGUGGUGGAGUCUCGAUGUGUGUCCGUAGGAGGACCUAGAUGUUGAACUUGAUGGGUGUUUUAAACGCCACCGCCGCCAAUGUCUCCUGUACUUGUAACUGCAAGCGCUUCACCUCCCUGCAGAGCAUGGAAAUCACCCAGCUGGAGUUCGUCCAGAUCCUGGUGAUCGUGGUGGUGAUGAUGGUGAUGGUGGUGGUCAUCACUUGUCUGCUGAACCACUACCGCCUAUCAGCUCGCUCCCUCCUCUCCAGACACGCCCCCGCACGCAGGAGACACCUGCCGUUGGCCAAUGAGGGAAGUCUGUGGUCUUCUGAGGGAACGGGGACCAACGCUGGUCUAACUGAGCACCAGGUGUACAACCCUCGCCCUCCAGACAGAGGGGUUCCCUCGUCCUACCUACAGCGGGAGCCCCAGCACGCCCAGUCCCAGUCCCAGUCCCAGUCCCAGUCCCAGUCCCUGCCUCCGCUCCAGUCCCAGCGCUUCCAGCACACGUACGCUCCGAGUCGCUUCCAGCCGACAUAUCCCUACCUGCCCCAGAGCCUCAUCGAUCUCCCCCCCACCAUCUGCCUGUCGGACGGGGAGGAGCCGCCGCCCUACCAGGGCCCCUGCACCCUGCAGCUCCGAGACCCGGAGCAACAGAUGGAGCUGAACCGCGAGUCGGUCAGAGCGCCGCCCAACCGAACCGUGUUCGACUCGCACCCCAUCCACCCAUCCAGCUCCUGUCUGCACGCCAGUCUGCAGGCCCCUCCUCCUAGCGUCCACUCUGGCGUCAGCGUGCUCGGAGCCCAGGAGGCGUCGUCCCGCCACCAGAAGCAAGGCUCUCGAGUAGAAGGAGCUCCCCCGACCUACAGCGAGGUGAUCGGCCACUACUACCACCCGACGUCCCACAACCAUCGGACGGUGUCGUCCUCGCAAGCGCCGCCGUCCUUGUUCAUACACGGCCUGCUCCGACCUCCGCCUCAGCAGCAAGGAAGCGUGGACAACAGGAACGCCAGGAAUACGAAGGAGAAAUCCCAGAAGCCCCAGCAGGUGUGACAGUACUGCCUCCUCAUUCCUAGCCUGCGGGGAGGGGGGGAGAAAAGCCAGGAUUUUGUCUGCUCGCCGCUUGGGAAGCGGUCAGUAGCACAAUGAGGAACAACCUGGUGAAUGUUUAAACGGUUUAAGGGCUGGUUCACGCUAGUUAGAAGACACGUGGUCAGUUUCACAGUUUUCCUGGAUCGGGCUAGGACGGGGACGCUUCACGUUAGGUAAGAACACCUGGAUCACUCCUGCAGAGCACAGUCGCAGGAGAACAUUUGGUACUUCCUGUUCCGCCGCUUCUUAUUUCCUGUGUGAGGAGCGCUUCAGAUGAUGAUGAUGAAGGGCAGGAGGUGCACAAAGGGAAGGCUCCUUCUUCCCUCGUCCCUCCUCCACCAGACUGAUCAUUCAUUAUAAAUAUUUACUUGUUCUGUUUGUUUCUAUACAACUUUUUGUGUUUGUUUGUUCGUCUUUUUCGCGCUUACAAAAAAAAUCUUUCUAUCCAGGCAAAUGGCGAAACGUUGCAAUCUUCUUGGUACUUCCAGGUUUUUGUUUUCUAGUGAUACUCCCCCCCCUCGCUGCUUUGACUCCAUUUAUUCACGACUGCACAGUAACCAACGUUGGCAGUGACUCCUGCACCCGGCUUUAGCUGUAUCACUGGGACAUGUUGGCACGGUAGAGUUUAGGUUUAGUUAGCGUUAGCUCGGUCGUAGCACAGUGCUGAAAGUCCUCGAGCUAAACGUUCUGCCUUAUAACGACCAACCGGUGCAGGAGUUGUCGCUAAAAAUCCUUUUUUUUUUUGAUUUGAUGUUUUCUAAAGAAGGUUUGCACAAGACUGUUCACCACAGAAAAAGAAAGAAAUCCGCAAUAUGAUUGAUGAGAGAGAAAACAGAAAGUAGGGGGUAUCUUUUCUAAACUUGAUAGAUUUGUGUUUUUACAUGUUGUCUAGUUUUAGAAAAAAGAAACAUCAUUAAUGUGUUGGGGUGCCAACUUUCAUCUUUUGCUACAUACAUGUAUUAUGAGUACACACACACGCAUGUAUGCAAACCGAGAGCGAACUUAAAAGCACGAAUUUAGAGUUAUUUAUAUAAAUGCUGAAAA